CUGUGAGACCUGCUGCAGGGAGCUGGGCAGAGGGCAUGGCCGAGCUGGGAAACCAUGACUUGAAUGCAGUGUCCUAUGAUGAUGUCCAUGCCAACUUCACAUGGGAAGAGUGGACUUUGCUGAAUCCUUCCCAGAAGAAUCUCCACAAAGAUGUAAUGCUGGAGACCUACAGGAACCUCACUACUAUAGGAUACAAUUGGGAAGACUAUGAUACUGAAGAACAUUGUCAAAGUUCUAGAAGACAUGAAAGGGUAUAUCAUGUGUCACUCUGGAUACAAGACAUAUCAGCAUCGGGAUAUGGACAUAUAUCACAUACCCCUGUCUCAGAACAAUUAGAAGAUACAUAG